GGAGUCAGUAGGAAGAUGCCCCCUCAAUUGUGUGACUUUCAUCUACCACUGUCUCCAGAGGAGCUGCUGAAAAGUGGAGGAGUCAACCAGUAUGUGGUACAAGAAGUACUGUCUGUCAAACAGCUUCCUUCACAGCUUAGGGUGUUCCAGGUUGCCUUCCGAAUGCAGGGGCCUCUAGCUGUGUUGGAGCAUUUUGACACACUCUAUAGCAUAUUACAUCACUUUCGAAGUAUUGAUCCUGACCUCAAGGAAGAUGCCUUGGAAUUCCUGAUGAAAGUGGUGUCUCGUCACUCCCAGGAUCUCCCAGCUGUCCUAGAUGACACAACUUUGAGUGUAUCAGAUCGAAGUGCCCACCUCAAUGCCCUCAAAAUGAAUUGUUAUGCCCUGAUCCGCCUCAUGGAAUCUUUUGAGGCCACAACUAGCAAGACAAGCUUAAUAGACCAUGGAGGAAAGGGCAAAAAGAGUCGGACCAAGGCUCAAGGCUUUGAUUGGGAAGAAGCAAGGCAACCAAUUCUCCAAACGCUAACACAGCUUCUGCAGCUAGACAUUUACCGCUUGUGGAACCACUCGGUGGUUGAAGAAGAAUUUGUUAGUCUGCUAACAGGCUGCUGCUACCGACUUCUUGAGAACCCCAGCAUUAGCCACCAGAAGAACCGUCCAACUAGGGAAGCCAUCACCCACCUCCUUGGGGUAGCUUUGACACGCUACAACCACAUGCUCAGCGCUACCUUAAAAAUCAUCCAGAUGUUGCAGCACUUUGAACACCUGGUAUCUGUGUUGGUGGCAGCUGUGAGCCUUUGGUCAACUGAGUAUGGAAUGAAAAGCAUAGUGGGGGAAAUUGUAAGAGAAAUUGGACAAAAGUGCCCUCAGGAAUUAAGUCGUGACACUUCAGGAGCUAAGGGCUAUGCAAGUUUCCUGACAGAGUUAGCAGAACAAGUCCCAACUGUUAUGAUGUCCAGUAUGAGUGUCUUAUUGGAUCACUUGGAUGGAGAGAACUACAUGAUGCGCAAUGCAGUUCUUGCAGCUAUGACAGAAAUGGUGCUGCAGGUGCUGAAUGGGGAUCAGCUGGAAGAGGCAGCCCGGGGCACUCGGGAUCAAUUCUUGGACACCUUGCAGGCCCACAGUCAUGAUGUUAACUCUUUUGUGCGAAGCCGUGUGUUGCAACUUUUUACUCGAAUAGUCCAGCAGAAGGCUCUUCCCUUGACACGCUUCCAGGCAGUGGUGACCCUUGCAGUAGGGCGACUGGCUGACAAAUCAGUGUUAGUGAGUAAAAAUGCUAUCCAGCUGCUGGCCACCUUCUUGGCCAACAACCCCUAUUCGUGUAAGCUAAGUGAUGCUGACCUGUCCCGACCACUUCAGAAGGAGGCUCAGAAGUUGCAGGAAAUGAGAGCCAAGCGGCGAGCUACAGCGCCCUGUGUGGUGCCAGACCUUGAGGAGGAGUGGGAAGCCAUGUUGCCAGAGCUUCAGUCCACCUUGCAGCAACUCCUGAAGCUGCCAGAAAGAGAUGGAAAGGAAGGAGAAAACCUUGGUGAUACAGAAACAGCUGAAGAGGUGGCAAAGCACAUCCAACAGCUUCUUGUCAAGGCCAGUUAUAAGCAUGCCAUCACUCUCACCCAAGAAGCUAUACACCACUUCCAGGAGGAAGCACCCUUUAAUCAUAUGAACCAAGAGGACUCGGAAGAGACUAGAAUCCUGAAUCUGCUAAGAGAGAUCUUCAAAGGCCCCACAAGUUCCACUCAGGACAAGAAUCUACAGGUUUCUCCAGACAAAACAGCCUCUGUGGAUGCUGUACCUGAGGACAAACAUGGGAUGGUAGAGAACAACAGUGACAAGGAAGAAUUAGUAAAGCAAGAGAUGCUAGUACAGUAUCUGCAGGAUGCCUACAACUUUUCUUUGCAAGUCACUGAAGCCAUUGGUAUCAUCAGCAAGAUGAUGUAUGAAAACACCACUUCUGUGGUACAAGAGGUGAUUGAGUUCUUUGUAAUGGUGUACCAGUUUGGAGUACCACAAGCACUGUUGGGGGUACGUCGAAUGCUACCUCUUGUGUGGUCCAAGGAACCCGGUGUCAGGGAAGCUGUGCUCAAUGCCUACCGCCAGCUCUACCUCCACCCCAAAGGAGAUUCUGCCAGAGGCAAGGCUCAGAUUUUAAUUCAAAACCUCUCUCUGCUCCUGGUGGAUGCUUCAGUUGGGACAAUUCAGUGUCUGGAAGAAAUUUUGUGUGAAUUUGUGCAGAAAGGAGAACUGAAGCCAGCAGUAACCCAACUGUUGUGGGAACGUGUUACUGAGAAGGUUCCCUGCUCCCCCCUGGAGCGCUGCUCCUCUGUCAUGCUACUUGGAAUGAUGGCAAAAGGAAAUCCAGAAAUUGUUGGCAGCAAUCUGGGCACACUAGUAAGUGUGGCACUAGAGGAAAAGGUAGAACAGGAUUAUCGACUGGCCCAGCAGGUAUGCCAGGCCAUUGCCAACAUCUCUGACAGCCAAAAGCCUGGCCUGGGCAAAAGCCACCCCCCAUUCCGGCUGCCCCAAGACCACCAAUUGUUUGAGCGGCUCCGGGAGAUGGUGAUUAAAGGUUUUGUCCACCCAGACCCACUCUGGAUCCCCUUCAAGGAGGUGGCAGUGUCCCUUAUCUAUCAGCUAGCAGAAGGACCUGAGGUUAUCUGUGCUCAACUGUUACAGGGUUGUGGGAAGCAGACUCUGGAGAGGAUACAGGACCCAAGUACAACUGAGGAGUGCACUAAAGCAGCAGCUACACUUCCCACCUUCCUGCUGAUGAAUCUGCUGUCCUUGGCUGGUGAUGUGGCCCUACAACAGCUGGUGCAUUUGGAGCAAGCAGUGAGCAGUGAGCUCCGCCGACGCCGCGUCCUUCGAGAAGAGCAGGAGGAAGCCAAGACGAAAGGGCAGAAGGAAAAGAAUACCAGCAAUGAGAGUACCAUGGAGGAGGAGUUAGGCCUAGUAGGUGCUUCUGCUGAUGACACAGAGGCAGAGCUGAUCCGAAGUAUCUGCGAGAUGGAGCUGCUGGAUGGCAAACAGUUACUCUCAGCUUUUGUGCCCCUUUUGCUCAAGGUCUGUAAUAAUCCUGGCCUCUAUAGUGACCCAACCCUCUCUACAGCUGCUUCACUAGCUCUUGGCAAGUUCUGCAUGAUCAGUGCCACUUUCUGUGAUUCCCAGCUCCGCCUCCUCUUCACUAUGUUGGAAAAGUCUUCACUUCCCGUUGUUCGAUCCAACCUCAUGGUGGCUAUUGGGGAUUUGGCUAUCAGAUUCCCCAACCUGGUAGAGCCCUGGACUCCUAACCUUUAUGCUAGACUCCGGGACCCAGCUUCUCAAGUUCGGAAAACAGCCGGGCUGGUAAUGACACACCUAAUCCUGAAGGAUCUGGUGAGGGUGAAGGGGCAGGUGAGCGAGAUGGCCGUGUUGCUUAUUGACCCAGAGCCUGAAGUUGCUGCUCUCGCAAAGAACUUUUUCAAUGAGCUUGCUGGCAAGGGCAACGUAGUCUACAAUCUGCUUCCUGACAUUAUAAGUCGCCUGUCUGAUCCCGAAAGUGGAGUGGAGGAGGAAUCUUUCCACACCAUCAUGAGGCAGCUUCUGUCCUACAUCACCAAGGACAAGCAAACAGAGAGUCUGGUGGAGAAGCUGUGCCAAAGGUUCAGAACAGCCUGGACUGAGAGGCAACACAGAGAUCUGGCCUACUGUUUGUCAUUGCUGCCGCUCACAGAGCGAGGCCUUCGUAAGAUGCAAGACAACUUUGAGUGCUUUGGAGACAAAUUGUCCGAUGAGACCAUCUUCAAUGCCUUCCUGGCAGCUGUAGGCAAACUUCGGCGCUGGGCUAAGCCUGAGGGCAAGGCUCUGGUGGAUGAAUUUGAACAAAAACUUCGGGUCUGUCACACCCGAGGACUGGAUGGAGCCGAGGAGCCUGAGACUGAUCAAGGUGCUGAUCCGCUAUCCCAGCCAACAACUGGAAGGCACAUCAGUGACACCUGUCUUCGCCAAGGCCUCCCUUCAGCCACUUCAGACAGUGACUUUGUUACCCCUCAGCCUCGGGGUACUACUGAACGACGUACUAACACCAGAAAGCCAGUUUCUAAGAAGACUGCAAUCGUCUUUUCCAGCGAUGAAUCUAGUGAGGAAGAGUGCUCAGCAGAGAUGACAGAAGAUGAUGAAACGCCUAAGAAGACAACCCCUAUCCGCCGAGCAUCUACCGCAGCCAGAAGGCCUUAAGGCGCCCUCCUCCCAUCCCUGUCGUGUAGGGAGAGGGGGCCCUGUGGAAAUAAUUGAGCCAAGGCUGGCUCUUCUUCCUCUGUAAUAUAUGUUUCCCUGUGCCCUUGUUUUUUUACAAAUAAAAAAAAAUUCAUGUACUUCC